AUGGACAAAGGCAACUCUGUGAAGCUUGUCCUGACUGUCCAUGGACAGCUGCUCCGAGGUGUCUCCAGCAGUACGCCCGCCCGCCCCUUCCUUGUCCCGGAGACCAGCCAGUCGCCCGUGCUCCCAGCAGAUGAUAUGCACCUUGCCCAGGACCUGGAGGAUCCUCCUGUGGUGAAGAGUCAGUGCUCAGAGGUGACUGCUAGAGCGUCUAGGCCUGGGAGGAAGGACGUCCACCCACCCCUGAGGACCGUGGCGGUACCCUGGGCCCUGAAGCCACCAUUUGGCAAGGUGGAAACCAGUGAGGCCUGGAGGAAGAGUCCUGUCCACCCCAAGAAGCCCAGGAAAGUUUUAUUUGAACCCACAGCAUCUGAGAGAGAUCUCGAUGAAGAAGAUCUGGCAGUGGAGGAGUUGCAAGGCAGUCCCAGCCCACGGUGGUGCCAUGCCAUGUGCCUCAGUGACCUGGGGACAGCCGUUCUGAUUGGUGGAGAAGGUGUCAAUCAGCAGUCCUGCAAGGAUGCGCUCUGGAAGCUGGAAACUGGCAGUGAUUUCUGGCUUCCAGUGGGUUUCCAGCUACGCAACGCCAUGCCAUCGUGCUUGCGUGGCCACACAGCUACCUACGACCCCGACACCAAGCGUAUCUACAUCUUUGGGGGCAUAAGGGAGGACAAAGACUACAGCGGCAUCUACAUCCUGGACACAGUCACCUGGAAAUGGCUCCCCGUGGCUGCUAAAGGGAGGAUGCCAGUGCUCACCUACCACAGUGCAACUAUCUACCGCAAGGAGCUCUUCGUUUUCGGAGGGACUUUCCCCAGAAAGGCAUCACUGGCAGUUGGACCCUGCAGCAAUGUGCUCUAUGUCUUCAAUCCAGAGCAUGAAAUUUGGUAUCAGCCCAUCUCGGAAGGGGAGAAGCCUCUGCCUAGAUUUGGGCAUUCAGCUACUCUACUGAAGAACAAGCUGCUGAUUUUUGGGGGCCGGAGGUCUUCUCUCUACCUCAGUGACAUGCACAUUCUGGAUCUGGGUUUCAUGGAGUACACACCAGUCCCCCUCCUCGCAGGACAGCCUUCCGCACGUUGUUUUCAUGCAGCUCUGGCUGUGUCAGAUCAGAAGGUUCUGAUCAGUGGAGGCUGCAAUGCCAGGGGAGCCCUGCAGGAUGCCUUUGUCUUCCACCUAGAUACUCUUUCGUGGAGUACGGUGAUCCACCACGACCUCUGCUCUGUGCCCCGAGCUGGCCACACAUUACUUGACCUGACUCCUGCCCACCCGAUGGAUGUGGACAAGGAGAAGAAAGAGGAGCAUAACCUGCACAUGGUGUUGGUCUUUGGGGGCUCCAACUGUGCCAGCACCUUUUACAACAGCACAAUCAAAAUCCAGCUGGACCUAGGAUAA